UUCUUUUGAUUUCUUGUAGUUAAUAGGUUAUGUAGUUUAACAAAAUUAAAUAAAUCUUCUUAAAAUUAUAAUAAUUUGCAUAAAUUGAAACUCAAUUUAUUAGUAGAAAGGAGAAAUGUUAUUUUUUAAAAAAUUAAAUAUGUCUUGAACAUAUUUAUUAUUCGUGUAAAUCUGUUGUGUGAUUGAUGUGAAAUAAUUUCCCAUUUUAAAUAUUUUAUGGGAAUUGUUAUUAUUUUCUUUAUAAAGAGAGUUAAAAUUUAACUUAUUUACAAUGAAUGAUUCAGAGAAACCUUUCGCCUGUCCUUCACCAGGAUGCAAUAUGAGUUUUACCAACGAAGACCAUUUGACAGUUCACAAGAAAAAACAUGACAUGAUUUUAAAUUUUGGAAUGAAUGGAAAAUGUAAUGGUUUUAUAGUUGAUCAAACACCUACACCUACAAGAUUUAUCAGGAACUGUGAAGAAGUGGGUUUAUUUCAAGAUUUGCAAAAUGUCAAUCCUUUUGAAGAAACUUUCCGCAGAGCUGUAGAAGGAAAAACAGGAUCGAUUUCAGUUUCAGAAGUGACAAUUACAGAUGACUCUCUAAAUACACCACAUAUAUUUCCACACAAUGUCGAUUGUCCAACUACUGUAACUAUCACUGAAAUGUCAAAUGAAAAAAGUUCUACAGAGACAAAAAUAUGUAGCAGUACAGAAGUAAAUAAAAAAAUUUCUCAAGACGAGGAAAUAGUAAAAAAAUUAAAAAUUACAACUACUUGUAAAAAUAGUAUUCAAACAACUGAGAGAAUUGUUGUUCAAGAGACAGACACUUUAUACAUGCCAAAAAUUCCUAUUGCUCCUGCACCCACGCCAUUAUCCAUCGAUGAAAUUCAGUUGCUGUUAAAAACGUCAGAUGGUAAAUUAUUGCAACUAUCGGCAGUACCUGCGCCAGAUUGUCAAAAUAAUGUCAAUAAAAAUCAACGUCAAAAUAUAAAUAGCGAUCUCAUUUUAAAAGGAACCAAUCAAGAUUCAGAACAAAGUCACGAAUCUCUUAAACUUUCAGCGGCAAAAAUGAAAUUAAAGCAAGUCUUAAACAAAAGUUCAACUGAAUCGAUAAAUGAAAAAGUGGAUAAAGAAGCGGAGAAAGGUAAAAAAUCGUCAUUAUCCAAAGAGAAUAGAAGGAAAGAUAUUGAUGAAAAUAAGAAGCAAGAUUUUUUAGAAAGAAAUCGUGCGAGUUCCAUGCGCUCACGAGCAAAGAGAAAAGCAUGGAUUCAACAAUUGGAGAAUACGGUAAAAUGUGUUAAUGAAAAGAAUGCUUCCUUACAAAUGGAAGUGAGUACAUUACGAAAUGAGGUGGCAAAGUUGAAGACUCUACUCCUGGCUCAUAAAGACUGUGCCAUUACACAGGCAAUGAAAAAAGGAAACAGUAUUGUUGUGGGAUCGAGAGUGAAUAUAAUUACAACUAGUCCAGAAAUUGUGUCUCCAAUUAUUGAUACAUCAUUGAAACGAUCAUCAACAUCACCUGACGGUCAAUUUGUCACGAAAAAAUUGUUAUUGACAAAAAAUACGACAAUUUUACCAAAAAAUGACAACAUUGAAAUUGAAAAAAAUUCUGCAAAAGUGCGAGUUUUCAAAAAAUUGCCAGCCUUAAAAAUACGUGAAGUUCCUUUAUGGAUAGAAAAUGAAAAAGAGAAGCAAUUUUUAAUAAAUGAAAAUUCACCAACAAAAAUAAGCGAAUCGACAUCCCAAGGUAUUAUACAAAUAAAUCCCGUAAUUCACGUUCAGAAUGCAGCUUCUAAAAGCACCGGAACGUAAAUUUACGGUUUAAUUUUUCUUUUUUUAAAGAAAAAGUCCAUUUAUGAGAUUAAUGCACUCAGAAAAGCUGUCCAAAAAAAUUCUGCAAAAUACUCAGAACUUAUUUAAAA